CUCUCACUCCGUGAGACACAGACGGCAGCUUUCCGACCGAGCGGGGCACAGGCUGAGGCAGCGCCAGCACAACUGCCGCCGCGCGCCCCGAGGAGACCUGGGCACGAGGAAACAAGGCGAAGCCAGGACUACUUUCCUCCGAGCCGACCGGCAGCUCCGCGCCCCCGCGCUACACCCUUCGUAGCCACUUCGCGGGGCGGGCUAGGACUUGGGGACGUGCCUCGGGAAGAGCCGGGGCGGGCGGCGGCGGCGGCGGCACCGGCGCGAGGGUGCGCGCACUGGGACUGGAGAAGAGUGAGUGGCGGGCUGGGCGGCGGCGGCGGCCGUAGCCGCGGGUGCCUCUCCGCCUCACCGCUUCGCAGGCAGCACCGCCUCCCGGGCCGCGGCCGCCCGGCCGGGUCCUCUGCGCGUUGCCGGGCCCGGAGCCGGCACAGGAUGCGCCCGGCUGCGUUCUGAUUGCCGCCGCGCCUCAGCCUCCGCCGCGAUGAUUCCCCCUGAGCAGCCGCAGCAGCAGCUGCAGCAGCCGCCGCCAGCCCCGCCGAACCAUGUGGUGACCACCAUCGAAAACCUGCCGGCCGAGGGCAGCGGCGGCGGCGGGAGCCUGUCUGCCUCCUCCCGGGCCGGCGUGCGCCAGAGGAUCCGCAAAGUGCUGAACAGGGAGAUGUUAAUCUCUGUGGCCCUGGGCCAAGUGUUAUCCCUCCUUAUUUGUGGAAUUGGCUUGACUAGCAAGUAUCUGUCAGAAGAUUUCCAUGCCAACACACCAGUCUUCCAGAGUUUCCUCAAUUACAUUCUUCUCUUCUUGGUCUAUACCACCACACUAGCCGUCAGACAAGGAGAAGAAAACCUCCUGGCAAUUUUACGACGAAGAUGGUGGAAGUACAUGAUUUUGGGACUCAUAGACCUGGAAGCAAAUUAUCUGGUGGUCAAGGCUUACCAAUACACAACUCUGACCAGUAUCCAGCUCCUGGACUGUUUUGUGAUCCCAGUCGUGAUUUUGCUCUCCUGGUUCUUCCUGCUGAUCCGGUACAAGGCUGUGCAUUUCAUCGGCAUCGUCGUCUGCAUCCUGGGAAUGGGCUGCAUGGUGGGAGCAGAUGUGCUUGUGGGAAGGCAUCAGGGAGCAGGGGAAAAUAAGCUGGUAGGGGACCUUCUGGUCUUAGGAGGAGCCACACUCUAUGGUAUUUCUAACGUCUGGGAAGAAUACAUCAUCCGAACUCUGAGCCGAGUGGAAUUCCUGGGAAUGAUUGGUCUCUUUGGAGCAUUUUUCAGUGGAAUUCAAUUAGCUAUAAUGGAGCAUAAGGAACUGUUAAAGGUGCCCUGGGAUUGGCAAAUAGGACUGCUCUACGUUGGCUUUAGUGCCUGCAUGUUUGGUCUCUACAGCUUUAUGCCAGUCGUCAUAAAGAAAACCAGUGCCACUUCAGUCAACCUCUCUCUGCUUACAGCAGACUUGUACAGCCUGUUCUGUGGAUUGUUUCUCUUCCACUACAAGUUUUCAGGACUUUAUCUCCUGUCUUUCUUCACCAUCCUCAUUGGGCUGGUGCUCUACUCCUCCACUUCCACCUACAUAGCCCAGGACCCCCGAGUGUAUAAGCAGUUCCGCAAUCCUUCAGGACCUGUUGUGGACUUACCGACCACAGCUCAGGUGGAACCCUCAGUCACCUACACCAGCCUGGGCCAGGAGACCGAAGAGGAGCCUCAUGUUCGUGUGGCCUAGGGUGAGGCCCGCCCUGCCCACUGAGGCCAACUCAUUGGCCAUGUUUUUGCCCAUCAUCUCUGUAUUGUACAUAGAGAAAGGUAUUUACUAGGUGCAGUUUACAUAGGUGGACUGCAAGGUAGCAAAUCCUCCGAAAGCUUGUGAAAGGAACAAGCUCAACAUCACUGGAGACACAGGCUCUAAUCCACCUGACUUGGAAAGAUGCCUAGCUAAUGUGUAUCCUGAUCACAACUCCCCUGCAUUCAUUACUUUGAAAAUUUUUGAAUCAAAAGCAAGUAUGAGUGUUAUUAUGAUUUGUAUUAUUAUUAUUAUUGUUACUGUUAUUACACCAACUUUCAGGAGGAUGUUUUGUACUCCUGAUGGAAACUAUUGCCAGACCCACAUGUAGUCAACAUAAACCCCACUUUUCUAUGGCAAUUCAUUUUUUAAGAGUCAUACUUUAUUUUUUUGCACAGACUAUAUGAGUGAUGCAUGCCACAGGAGCUCCACCCCUGAGAAGUUUCCUUAUCCUAGGGACCUGGUGGUUAAUGGUUUUCUCUGUUACCUGUUGGAUUGCCUGCUCAAUAAGUAUUUUGUGCUGUGACCUUUGUGGGGAGGGGCAACUGACCAUAUAAUUCUCUAUUCUAGGAAUAGAUAUAAAAGAAAUAUUUUAGCCUUUUUAUAUUUUGAUCUCUGAUUACUCCAGGCCAUUGCCUUUCUGUUGUGCCACGUGAUUCUGCUAAUCAACUCCCUGUAAUAACAGGAUAAGGACUCUUCCAUUUCUGUGGCUUUUGGGAGCCCCCAGAAAUAAUAUCAUUUGUGUUUAGGACAAUAUAUAAUUAUAAAAUCUUUCUGCCCCUCCCUGUAGCCUCUCUUCAAAAACUAUCUUUUAUUUUUUUUCCAGAUUUCCUUAGUGAUAAUAUGGAAAUUAAUCAAGGCACUGGAAAAAGCCAUGGUCCUCUGCCCUUUUAAUUCUGUGACACCUUUUUAAAAAUACACCAGCAUGGAAAUUACCUUUAUUGUGGAAAAUCAUUGGGUGUGCCACCUCCUAACAAAGUCAAGGUGCUGAUGUGGAGCAGUCUUUGAAAAUGGCUUAAUUGAUCUGGCCACUUUGCAGUGGUAACAAUGUCAUCAUUGAAAAAGUCUGGCAUUUUGGUCAUAUUGGGCAUCCAUUCAAUAACAGAUAUAUUGACACGACAUUCUUUUUUUUUUUUUUUUUUUUUCUGAGACAGAGUCUCACUCUGUCGCCCAGGCUAGAGUGC